AUGCAAUUCAGAAAGACUUUUACCGCUGCUUCUCUAGCAUCUUGUGCCUUUGCCGCCUACGUUCCAUCUGAUCCAUGGACAACUUUGACUCCAGAUUCUACUUACGAAGGUGGUUUGACUGAUUACUCUUCCACCUUUGGUAUUGCCGUUAUUCCAAUCACCACAUCAGUAUCUACCAAGACAUCAACUACUGCCACCUCUGCCACCUUUACUUCCACCCCUAAGGCCAAGAGAGACGUUGCUGCUAUCUCCCAGAUUGGUGAUGGUCAAAUUCAAGCUACCACCAAGACUUUAAAGCCGUCUCCAAAGACAACGGCUCAAGCUGUCUCGCAAAUCGGUGAUGGUCAAAUUCAGGCUACCACUGCAACCUCAAUUCCUCCUGUACACCAAAUCUGUGAUGGUCAAAUUCAAGCCACUACCGCUAAGCCAGAAGCUCCACCAGCUGUCUCUCAAAUUGGUGACGGUCAAAUCCAAGCUACUACUGCCCCAACUGUUUCCCAAAUUGGCGAUGGUCAAAUCCAAGCUACCGCCACUACUUCUGACGCUGCUCCAGCUCAAACCAGAUCUGCCACUAAGGAUGAUCCAGUUAAGGCUCAAUCCUGUAAGAAUACUGGUACACUACAAAUGACCUUGAAAGAUGCUGUUCUAACAGACGGUAGCGGUAGAUUAGGUUCCAUUGUUGCUAACAGACAAUUCCAAUUCGAUGGUCCACCACCACAAGCUGGUGCCAUCUAUGCUAAGGGUUGGGCUUUGACUCCAGAAGGUAACUUGGCUCUAGGUGACAGUGAUGUCUUCUACCAAUGUCUAUCAGGUGACUUCUACAACUUGUACGAUGAAAACGUCGCUGAACAAUGUACACCAGUCUACUUACAAGCUAUCGAUUUGGUUGACUGUUAA